AUGAGGAGCGGGCGCGGCGGCCGGCGGUGCCUGGGCGGGGAACCGGGUGCGUGCGCCAUGAACCCCGAGCUGGCGAUGGAGCCGCUGGGCAGCCUGCACGGGGCGGCGGGGCACGAACCGGAGAUGAUGGGCAGCCCCAGCCCUCACCACGGCGGCCGCAGCGCGGGGCCGCUCCGGGUGCCGCCCCCCCCGCCGCCGCCGCCGCCGCCGCCGCACCAGGAGCUGCCCCCCGCCGCCCGGCCCGCCAUGGUGCCCAGCAUGGCCUCGCUGCUGGACGGCGCCGCCGAGUACCGGCCCGAGCUCUCCAUCCCGCUGCACCACGCCAUGAGCGUGCCCUGCGAGGCCUCGCCGCCCGGCAUGGGCAUGAGCGGCACCUACACCACGCUGACGCCGCUCCAGCCCCUGCCGCCCAUCUCCGCCGUCUCCGACAAGUUCCACCACCCGCACGCCCACCCGCACGCCCACCACCACCACCACCACCAGCGCCUGCCGGGCAGCGCCGGCGGCGGCUUCGCGCUCAUGCGGGACGAGCGCGGGCUGCCGGCCGUCAACAGCCUCUACGGGCCCUACAAGGAGGUGCCGGCCGUGGGGCAGAGCCUCUCGCCGCUGGGCAACGGGCUGGGCCCGCUCCCUGGCUCCCAGCAGGGCCUGCACGGCUACGGGCCGCCCGGCCACGACAAGAUGCUGAGCCCCAACUUCGAGGCGCACGCGGCGAUGCUGGCGCGGGGGGAGCAGCACCUGCCCCGGGGGCUGGGGACGCCCCCGGCCAUGCUGCCGCCCCUGAACGGCGCGCACCACCCCGCGCCCCCCGGGCCGCCGCCGCCGCACGGCCCCGCGCUGCCCGCCGGCCGGGAGCGGCCGCCCCCCGCCGCCGGCCCGCAGGGGAGCGGCGCGGGGCAGCUGGAGGAGAUCAACACCAAGGAGGUGGCACAAAGGAUCACGGCGGAGCUGAAGCGCUACAGCAUCCCGCAGGCCAUCUUCGCCCAACGAGUGCUGUGCCGCUCCCAGGGGACCCUCUCGGACUUGCUGCGCAACCCCAAGCCUUGGAGUAAACUCAAGUCCGGCCGGGAGACGUUCCGCAGGAUGUGGAAGUGGCUGCAGGAGCCGGAGUUCCAGAGGAUGUCUGCCCUGCGGCUAGCAGCCUGCAAACGCAAAGAGCAAGAGCCCAACAAAGAGCGGAACAACUCCCAGAAGAAAUCCCGCCUGGUUUUCACGGACCUCCAGCGCCGAACGCUUUUCGCCAUCUUCAAGGAGAACAAGCGUCCCUCCAAAGAAAUGCAGAUCACCAUCUCCCAGCAGCUGGGCCUGGAGCUCACCACCGUCAGCAACUUCUUCAUGAACGCGCGCCGGCGCAGCCUGGAGAAGUGGCAGGACGACCUGAGCUCCGGGGGCUCCUCCUCGGCGCCCAGCACCUGCACCAAGGCGUGAGGGGCGCGGCGCGGCCGGCACAGCGCGGAGAGCAGCGUGGCCCCGCGCCCGUGACUAAAGCACAAUCCCCGCAACCAAGCCCAGCCCGGCUGGUCCCACUCCUACGGCUUCUCUCAGUCUUAGCAGGCGCAGGCUCCACUUUAACCUCUCUAUGCUCAGGACAGGCGAAGCAGGUCUGAAACGUAGGGGAGUUGUUCUUGAGGCAGGUUUCUCCGGAGCCCCGGGUUUCCGUGGCCGGCCCGGCAGCCUCCCGUGCCCGGCGCCUGCUUUGUGCUGGCCACACCACCCUGCGGCCACAUGACAACGGAGCACAAAGUUGGAUACUAAAAACCCAAGACCCUGUUUUUAAACUCAGGCAUGGUUUUUUGUUACAUGUUUUAGGGAAAGAUCAGAUUUGAGGUUUUUUUGGUCGGUUUUUUAGUUUAAUUUAAUCAGCUUGUUCUUGGAUCAGAAAAGUUCAGUUCUCUUGAGCUCGAAGCAUCAAGCACAAAGCCGGUAGCUCCAGCCACAGCCCGGCCCUGGGCUGCCCAGGGCGGCUGUGCCAGCUGCAGCCUGACAUCCCGGGAACACCGCACGAGCCUCAAGCACAGCUGGCAGUUCCUCACAAGCUCUGUGCUUGUACCUAAGGCACACUCAGGAGGUCGAUGGAACUGCUACAGUUCAUGGAGCAAACACUAUGUUUUGGAACUUAGAUUAAUUUACAUUAUUACAUCCUUUUUAGUUUCUGGGAAUCUGGUUUCUCCUCGGCAACAGCUGUUACCGAAACCUUUUCAGCGUUCAGUGUAUUUUUGUUCAUUUUAUUAGUAUUUUAUGGUACUUUCAAGCAGGAAAAGAAACAGAAACAAGCCCUUCAGAUGCCACUGACCGUUUCAGAUGUGCCGCGUUUAGCUCUAUCGCAUCCCUAAGUUCCUUUUCCCUGCCAGCUCGCCGAGCCGGCAGGAACACAGCACACCAAAGAGACAGGAUUUCUGCAAGCCAAAGAUGUUUAUACCUUGCCAUUUGUCCUUGUGGCCGCAGGUGCGGGUGGCUGGCCGGCGCCGGGGGGGCCUGGCGAGCCCCAGGCCCUCUCUGCCGCCCUGGCGGCGGCCGCCGGCUGCUGACCGGCCUGGGCUCCGCCACAGACACUUGAGACUUUUUUAUGUACUAUUAAUCGAAACCAAAGAAACGUUUUCUGCACCUACUUCUUCUGCAACAAACUGUUCCAUUGAAAGAUAAAAUAAAAAUUAAAAAAAAAAAAAAAACCAAGGAAGCAUGUCAGGAAGCAAACAAGUCCCACACUGUGUUCUACAAACAUCUCGGACGUUUUCGGAAGCAGAUCUCAAAGAAAGGGUUGACAAGAAUGAGAACAAAGCAAAGCCAGUACAAUUGCUGCUUCAUUUGACAACUCAAGUCCUCUUAAAGUCGAAGAUUGUCUUUAAUUUGUGCCUAUGCAGUUUUUUCAAAAGAACAAGGAACAGAGCAACCAAAACCUCAACAGCUACAAUACCAAAGAUGAGGAUUCUCACUACUUGUGUUUCAGUUUGUUUCUCCUCUUGCACGACUAAUGCACAUGACCCCACUGAUCUCUGGACAGGUAACCACUCGUGAGUCUCCGUGCAGCCAGAAGGGUGGGUUCUUUUAUGUUUUCCCUCUUUCUGCCCCACAUGGCACCUCUCUGAGAGCUGCAUGGACUCCAAGUGAGGAUGUUGGGAUACUACCCUGGUGCAUCUCCUCCCUGCAGGGAACACUUGUGGGUUGGCUGUGACCUGUGUGUUGGUCUCCUGUGUGUCUGGAGCCGUGGACAGCCACCCUCCUGCGUGUGACAUCGGUCCUGUGACCUCCACCCUUCUUUCUCCUCCCCAGGGAUAAAACUUGCAAUAUGUGUGUUCCCAUCUCUGUCACUGUGAGUGCUGAGCAGCACCACAGCCUGGCUCCAAACCUCCACCUGAACCAAAACCAGUAUUCGGCAGCUCCUGGGCCACUUCAGGAGCUGCUGCUGACAUACUAACCUUGUAAUGUUCUUUGAUCCAGGUCAUGAUAAUCCAGAUCAUGACAUGUCCAAAUCUAUCCUCAGAGCUGGAGCGCAUCUUGCUCCUCUCUGCCUUUAAACAAGGGCUUCAUUUUAGCUGCUUCACACAACUGCUGCUGUCACUUUCCAAUUAAAAUAGAAAAAAAAUCAAGAAGCCUCACCUGCCCAGGACAGGAAAAGUCUCUGGAAAGCAGAUUCAGGAUCCUCACAGCUAAAUUGACAGCACGUGCCUGCACUGGGGAUCAAAGGAUCCUUUGGCAGAUUCCAAGGAGAUUUGGAGAAUCCUUGUAGCCAGACAUGGAAUAAAGUUGCCCAAAAAUGGUCCCAGUCUGUGUGGAUGUAUCCUGAGGGCUUCUCACCCGAAUGCCAGAUGUUUGAGUGCAGAGUUUGGAGCCAGCAGGCUGUGGAACAGGGCCCAGCUGAAGUUUCACUUUCAUUCCCACCUGAGUGUCCAUCAGACCAGCCCCUGGUGCAUUUUGAGCUCGGCAUUGCCCUCAGGGGAGCUGUCUCAUGCUGAUGUGUCCCCUGAAGUCUGCAGUGACAGGGGAUGGCACAGGACCAGUGAAAACCGCAGUGCUCCUUCCUCAGCUCCCCUUCCUGCAGUGAGAGGGCAGGGAGGUGCAUUGUGUCCCACGGGGAAUGAGCCCAGGUGUCUCUGAGCAUGUGGGACACCUCAGUGAGGCUCACCUGCCCUGAGGGACACUGCCCUGAGGGACAUCCAGAUUGCACAGCUCUGCCUUCCCCAGAGGCAGAGGCAGCUGCCCACAGCUUCUGGUGGAGCCUGGCAGCAAAGACCUGGGCCUUUUGCUCCUGUCAGAGCUCAUCCAAUAGCUCUAACACAGGGAGUUUAGAUCAGGCACUGAAUUACUUACAAAUUUCUCCUCAGUGAAAUUCCCUCCACAUUGUGGAAGUGUUUGUUAUACAGCAUUACAGAGUAGCAACACAACAAGGCUUCUCUGGGCUGGGGCCUCAAACCUGUCAUCAGUCCCGAUGCAUUUUCACCCCAAGAUCCUGCUGCAUUUUUUAUCCCUGCAUCUCUCAUGGCCCCGUGUGUCUUCCAUUUCACAGUCCACCCCCUCAGGCCUUUAUGUAGCAGCUCCCUGAGACAGGAGCGUGGCAGCCGGACUGUGGUGAGGUGUUUGUCCUGCCCACACCCCACCAGACCCAGCAGUUGUGUUCCACCUCCGGGCCCUGUGCCGGUGAAUCUAUAGAGCUGUGUCACGUAACUUGUUGCUUUAUUUAUUGUGCUGCCAAAGACUCGUGUGUACAGAGAGUAUCCCGGCAUCACCUUCUGGACCAGGAACCUGGAGCCGCAGCCUUGGGCACAGCCCAGAUGAAUUCAGCUCUCGAGAAGCCUUGGCCAUCCUGGACGUGCCGUGCAGAACACAGAACGCGCUCGCCGAGCGCGGUUGCGAAGCUGUGCCGUGGGUGUGCCGUCCCCUCAGCGGAAGGCAAAGCGCUGCGGAGCGCCCGCGGGAGGGCAGGGCUCAGGGCUCUCCUGCCCCGGGAGGCGCGGAUGGCCCCGCGCCGCAGGGCGGGCUGGCUCCGGACACGGCCCCGCUCCCCGGGCCGGCACCAGCCCCGAGUGUGUGUAUGACACGGGGAAACUUUCUACUUGGCCUCCUUUAUAUUUAUUAUGGGGAAUUUUUAUCGUUUAAAUUUUUUAAGAAGGCAAAGCUUAAAAUGGUUUUAUUUUUUUCCAGACGCCUGUGGGUUUUAACCCGAUAUAUUAUCUAUCAGUAAUGUAAUUUAUUUAAUUUAGUCUUAGGGCAGGUCCUGAGAUCUCUGUUCAGUCUGAAUCCCUUUGUGUUUCGUUUUAGCUUUUGGAGUUUUGCCUGAAUGUAGAUGGGGGUCAGGCUCUGGUGUUAGCCAUUUGUGUCUAUUUAAUUCAGCCAUUUGUGAGUUCAUUUGGGAGUAACUUUGCUUAUUUAUCUGCAGGGCUGUUGUAGCGCAUCGGGGAUGCGAAGCCUGUCAGUAAAUUCACUUCAGAGCUGGCACUGCUUUGUAGAGCAGCCAGCUUCUGUCACACAGGGGAACAACAACUCGUUCCCUAAAAGUCUAGUUUUGAUCCCUUCUUUUAAUUCAUUUUAAUUGUUUAAAUAUCAACGUUUAAAUUAUUUAAGUUAAUCUCUUCCCUCCUGAUUAGAAAGUGUGACAUACCUUUAGUAUGGCACAUGAAGCCUUCAUAAUAUAACUUAUUUAUUUAACUUAUUCAUCGUCACCCGGGGAUGCCCUUGUAGAGUUUUUAUUUUUUAAUUAGAGUUAUCUAUAAAGCACUACAGCUGAUUUCCUGUAAGAGCAGCAGAGCGAACUUUGAGGACAAGCAAUGAAUAUUCAACCUAAAACUGUGCGUUCAGAAAAAUAGGGAAAAAAAAAGAAAAAGACACUGGGAUACUAUGCCUGAACUUUGUGGCUUCUUAAAACCUAAGCUGGGGGGAAAACAAUCCAUACCAAGAAAAAAGAGAGAAACCCUUAAACUAGCUGCUUCCAAGAAUGAACUUCUGUGUGUGGAUAAAAAAGAAAAAGGAAAAAAAAAUGAAAAAAAAAAAAAAAACAGAAAAAACCUUUCUAUUUCUAGUGAGAACCAAAGAGGCUACCUCACUGACUUUUCCAUUUGUAAUUUUAAUCGUGUUGAUGAUACCAAAGAUACCAAAGAUUUCUUUCUCUGUGCGGUCUGCAUUCUGCUUGUGCUCUCUGACAACUCCCACUGUUCUCUCCUACACCCAGAAACGUCCAGCAGAGCCCAGAUUCCCAAAGAAACGCUACCCUGGAAGCUGCCAGUUCUGGCGAUGCCCUUUUCUGUGUUCCUUCCUCCCUCCUGCCAGCCGCCGCGGCCGCGGAGCGUUCCCGUCCCGGUCCCGGUGCCGGUGCCGGUGCCGGUGCCGGUCCCGCCGGGCUGUGUGGAGCUGGAGGCGAUUCCGGCCUUUGUCCGUCCGCACAUCCCCCGGGGAACCUGCGGGCGCUGCCCGGGCCCAUGGGUGUGUUUGCAGCAGCAAUUAGCAUUGCUAAUUAUUGUUAUUAUUAUUAUUAUUAUUCUCGUGCCCGAGCAGAGCCCAGGGCCGGCGUGGGGCCGCAGAGCCCGGGGCAGGGGAGGAGUUCGUGCUCACGUCCAGCAGCUGCUCCCUCUCCUCACCUCUCCUACAAUUACCGUUUUCAGAUAGAAAUCAAUUAAUUACUUUUCUCAAGUUAGCAAUGAAGUGAGGCUACAUUAAGCUCCAUUAGCAUCACGUUCCUGAGUGAUUGCUUCCAAGUUGUUUGGUUGUUCGGUUGGGGAAUUAGCGGUGCCCUUUGGCACUUGGGUUUGAGCCCGUUCUGUGCUGUUUACGGGCUGAAGCAGCGCUCUGAGGAGCCGAGCCCGGCCCUGGGCACUGCUCACGGGCUGGCACAGCUGCUGCAGGGCCCGGGCAGGAGGAGUCCUGAGGAUUCCCUGAGCAAUCUGCCGGGCCGUGCCCUUGCAGGCGCAGAGUUACCGACAGCUCCACACAAACGCUCCGCUUCAGUUAAGUGCUGCCUUUUAUUUUGUGUUUCUUUGGGGGUUUAAGUCUGUGUUGGAAACGGUAGGACUUGACAAGUGUGCUUUUCUCUCUGUCUCUGUGUUCCUUCGAUACAAAGCUAUAAUAAUUCUCAGGAUGCCUUCUGGGCGGGGGGAGCCGGUUGUCCCUGUGCCCUCGGACACAGACAGUCCCCAGAGCUGGCAGGGUCCCCGCGGCCCCCCGACUCCUGCUUCACUUGCAAAGAGUGAUGUUACCACGGGACGAGUGCCUUGCUUGAACCAAAGCAACGAUUUUGCCAGUCUAGACCUCUCUGUGCUUUUUUUUAUUCUUCCUGUGAAUACCUCAGCUUCGACUGGGCCGCCGAAUCGUACCUGGUGGGCUUUUGUACUGUGGUGCUUUGCAAUGCAGCCCUGCAAAGAACAGACUCCUGAUGAUACCAAAGGCUCUCCUCCUCUUUCUCCUCCUCCUCCUCUUCCCCGUGUCCCUGAUCUCUCUCUCUCCAUGGUUCCAAAGCUUUAUUACGAACUGGGCAUGUUGGCAACGCAGACCGUGCAAUCCCUUACCGAAUUUUCUCAGAUAUACCUCAUAGAGAAUAGCUGUUUAGCGUAAUGUUAUUAUAGCGUAUGUAAUAAAUUAUUCACUGUUUCUUUUUGGUAACUGUGAUUUAAAAGAAAAAAAAAAUCAGAAGAAGAAGCUUUAUAUGUUUUAGGUUGUGCUUUUGUACUAGACGGAGAAGGUGCGCUUAAAAAUGUACGUCAGUCUUUCUUCCCAUUGGGUUUUUUUUGUUAUUAUGGAUCGGGGAAAAGUUGCAGAAUGAGCCCAAAGUUUACAGUUUCAUAUUUUGCUGAAGAAACAAUCUGUGUUCAUUUGCUCUGUUGGAAAAAAAAAAAAAAAAGAAAAAAAAAAAAAAAAAAAAGGAAAAAAAUUAUUUUCUACAUUUGUGCUACUUGGUCUGAAGAGCUGAUUGUCCUGUGUGACGGUGUAGUAUUAUAAUUAGCAACUGCCAAUCAGCGCUCCCAUGUUUAUGCAUGAGGCAAACCCUUAGCAGUGUGAUGCAUCGUGGUUCUUAAUGGCAACUUCUUCCUUUGGGUUUGGGACGAGCUCUUUGGCUUGGUGUAUUUAUUUAUGCAUGGAGCCUGUUAGCUGUUCGCAGUCGUGGCGCAGUUGUGUUUGCAUUUACGCUCUGAAAUCACGCCCGGGUUCGCCCCACGCAGCUCAGCACUGCUCGGGGCGGGUGUCCAGAUCAGCUCUGGUCUGUCCCCGUGCUAAACAGACCCAAAUUCAAUUCCAAUCAAAUUGCCAUCUGGGGAGAAGUUUGGCCAGCUGGCAGCUUCUCCCCAGCGAUUCGAUUCCCUCAGUCCCCUGGCAAUACACGCCCCGCUCCUCACGGAGGCUGCUGUGUGUUUGUCCAGGGUCAGGAGUCCCUUUGGCUUUAUGGCAGCCCCUGGGCGCAGCAGGGCCGGCCGGGGUGGGUGCUCAGGGACGGCCCUGCCCCUCCCCUGCUCCUGCCCGGCCCAGCCAUCGCCGCUGUUGGGCCAGCAGGGGCAGGGCACCGAGCCUGCGCUCGGCAGCGCUGUCCCCGCCGUGUCGCCUGGCCCGAGCCCACCCGAGCACUCCAGAUGGGUCCUGUGCUGCUGCUGCUGCCCCACAGGCAGCCCCCUGCCCACGCCCUGCCCUGGGCCAGGUUUGUGGAGGUGCUUUAUCCCCCUUUGAUUUGUCCAGAUUCACGCUUGAGCCCCCUGUUUAAGGAUGGGUUGUGUUUUCUCUCCGGGUCCAGCUUUGGAGCCCCGCUGUCCCCUGCUUGCAGGCCGUGCUGGACAUAAAGCCAAAGCAAGUGCUCCAUACCCUGCACUCUGUGGAAAAGCAGGCCUGGGAGGGGCAGUGGCACGCUGCUGAGGAGGCCUCUGAGUGCUGAUGUGGUCUGUCAUUAAGGGUAUUUUAGAGAUGUGCUCUCAUUAGUGCAAGGAGACCUUUCCAUUUGGCCUUACUCGGUAGGUUGUGAUAAUAAUGGAAGCUGUGUAAUAUAGCCGGGUUAUUUUCUUUCCUGAUUUCUCUGCCAAAGACAGUCACAGACACAAGAACUUUAAACAGGGGUUUUCGUAAGACAGUUGAUGAUUGUAACAGUGGUUCAUCUUGCAGAAGUUUCCCGGUAGUUCCGCAGUAAGCAGAGCGGGAUGUUGGGCAGAGCCCUGCUGGCAGAUGCCACCACUCCUCACCGACACGCAGUUGUUGUGACCCAGGCCGGGUACACCUGCAUUCCUCAGCCCAGAGGCCACCAGGGGUAUGGGAGGCCACGGCAAGGGCACGGCGGGGCUGCCACGAGCUGCUCCAGCUGGCUGGAAUUUGCCAAGGUACUUGUAUUAUGAAAUUUAAGGUCUAUUUUAUUAUGUCAUUUUAUGUCAUUUUUUAACUUUGUGGAAGGUGGUAUGUUGAACUGAGUGUAAGCUGAGUUUUUCAGACAAAUAAAGUAGCUAAAGAGUGAAUGUUAUUUUAUCAUUAAAGGGUUUUUACUCACUGAUUUGUGCCAAUAGAUGUCCUUUAUCUCAAUGACAAGUAUUACAUUGCUUUCAAAGUUUUAUUUAUAGCUAUUGAUGUAAAACCCACACACACAUAUUAUUUGCCAAAGUUCAAUAAAGGAGGAAAACAAUG